AUGGCGGCCGUUAACCUGGGCCUGUUCCCGGGAGGGAGAAGCCCCGCAGCUGCAAACCAGGAGCUGACAAUUAUUCCUCAGGGUUUGCGGAUCCACAAAGUGUUUCCAAAUCUUCCCCGUCCAGCCGCCGGCUCCAUCGCUCCCUCCCCCCGGGCCUGUCACCGCGGGGGUCAUGUUGGAGAGCGGGCAUUGACUGUCGUGGGAAACAACAGCAAGAGGAGCUCAGAGGCCGGAGGAGCAAAGGGAGCAGCGAGUUCAGUCACCAAUCGAGGGGGGGGUGGAAUUGAGGACUGGACCCUGAGUCAGUCAGUCAGCAUCAUAUCGUUCACAGUGAGGAGAAACCAUACACAUGUUCUGUGUCUGGACAAGGUUUCAACUGAUCAUUCAACCUGGAGAGACACAAGGACACCCACACUAUGGAGAAACCGUGGAAAUGUGAGGACUGUGGGAAAGGAUUCAGUUACCCAUCCCUGCUGGAAAACCAUUGGGGCAGUCACACAGGGGAAAGGCCAUUCACCUGCUCUGUGUGUGGGGAGGGAUUUACUCAGGCAUCUGGCCUUUGGUCAGCGAAUUCAUACUGAGAAGAUAUUCAGCUGCACUUCCUGUGGAAAGAGGUUCAGGCACUCUUCAGCACUCACUGUACACCAACGCACUCACACUGGGGAGAGGCCAUUCACCUGCUCUGAGUGUGGGAAGGGAUUCACUCAGUCAUUCCACCUUCUGACACACCAGCGAGUUCACACUGGAGAGAGGCUGUUCACUUGCUCUGUGUGUGGGAAAGGAUUCACUGGGUCAUCCCACCUGCUGUCACACGAGCAAACUCACAUUGAGGAGAAGCCAUUCAGCUGCACUUCCUGUGGAAAGAGUUUUAGACAGGCAUCCUCCCUCAUCUUACACCAGCGAGUUCACACUGGGGAGAGACCAUUUCGCUGCACUUCCUGUGGGAAGAGUUUCAGACAGUCAUCCAACCUCACUGCUCACCAACGCACUCACACUGCAGAGAGACCGUUCACAUGCUGCAUAUGUGGGAAAGGAUUCAGUCAGUCAUCCAACCUCAAUGCACACCAGCGAGUUCACACUGGGGAGAGACCAUUCACUUGCUCGCCGUGUGGGAAGGGAUUUGCAAAGUCUUUCAACCUGCUGACCCACCAACGCACUCACACUGAGAAGAGGUCAUUCAAAUGCUGUGUGUGUGGGCAGGGAUUCACUCAGUCAUGAUGCCUCCUGAGACAUCAGCAAGUUCAUAAUUGACUGCAGGGGUUGGAUUCUGCUGUUCUUGCUGUUUUUAAGCUUGUUUAGUAUUGAUAGUCUGGCAAUAUUUUUUUCUGCUGAUGUUAACAACCCUAAAACUGGCUGGAGUUUAAUAUUCUGGAGAUGUCACUGAUUUUCAGGGCUGCAGUGUCCCUUUUUAAAAGCACCAUCUGUGAUCCUUCCCCUUAAUUUCAAGAACUUUCAGUCGGAACCCCUUGACAAUAAAAUUAUGAACUUUUACUACAGUUGUAAAUUGAUAUUUGGUGAAAAAUCUCCAAUUCAGUAUCUGAAAGAUUUAACUGCAGGGAU